AGCGGAAAGGUAUUUAACAGUGGAGGUUCUUCAAGCAAGUGCUAAGUUCUGUAGGGUGCCAGAUAGACAUUGAAAGUACAGGGAACAACGACGGAGAUCUCGAAUCAGACGACUCUGACGAUGAGUGCAAUGCAAGUUACGUACCAGACAGAGUAGAACUCCCGCAGGCGCCAAACUACCAUCCAAGCUUUGCAAAAGCGAUGGAAAGUCUGAACAAAGUACCGGAACACUUCCUGAAUGCCAUCAAGAGCAGUAGCCCUGACGGCGAGGAAGGCUCAUUGCUCACGAAGAGAGUCUUGGAUGACUCAAAGAUCAUCUUUCCCAGUAGCCGACGUAUUGGCUUGCUUGGUCGCAGUGGCGCUGGUAAAUCGUCGCUUAUCAACUCGAUUCUAGGGAAAGAAGUCGCUAUGAUAGGGUCGAGUGGUGGAGCAUGCACCCCAUUCCCCAUCGAGUAUCAUCCAUUGCGCCACAAUCAAGUGCAGGCAUUUCAAGCGGAGGUUGAAUACCUCACAAAGUCUGAGGGCACCAAGAUGGUCAAAGGAUGGGCGCGGAACGCGUACCAGUACCUCGAUUCGAAGGAGAAUAAGGCCUCAGAUCAAGACAAAGGCGGUGAUGAUCAGGGAUUUGAAAAGGACAAGCUGGGUAGCACCGCAUUGAACUCUCUGCUUACAGUGUUUGGUCAUCACGCGGAAUUCGCUACGGAAAAAUCCGCCAAGGUGUUUCUCAAGUCACAAAAGUCUGGCGACGACCAAGCGCUGCGGAAAAUCAUCACGGAAUGGGUAUCUUCUAUUUACCAGCAGUUGAUGUCAGACAAAAAUCCCAGGAGUCUCUAUGCAUCCGAUUCUGAAAACCUGGCCAAUCAACUCCAGUCUUUGAUUGCUUACGGCCGUUCAUGUGAGUGCAAAGACCAGGCUGGGAAGUACUGGCCGUUCGUUCACGUAGUAAGGGUAUCAUUUGAUUCAAAGAUUCUACAAGAGGGUCUAUCUGAUAUCAACAUGACGCGGACGAAUGCAACAAAAGCGUACCUGGGCAAAUGCGACAAACUUAUAGUCGUUGGCAAAAUAGACCGCAUUGUGGAUGAUGAGGAAGUUCAGAGAUAUCUCAUUACAGCACAUCACCAUUUGUCGCGAACGAAAAGGGGUGUGAUGUGUGUUCCCACUGCCACGGAUGAUUUCUGCGCAGGAACAAACUUCGCAUUCGAUAUGAAGCUGAAUGACGACCAAGUGGUUGAGCUAAAGCUAGCCGACAUCCAGAUUCAGUAUCUAACAGACAAGCAUACAGAGAUGCUCACAUCUUUACAGCCAGGCAAGCUUCACCGGCGGGAACUCAAACUACACAAAGAUCGACUCAAGAAAGUCCAAUCACAAAUAGCGAAGGCCAAAUUGAGUAAAGAGGAGUAUCAGAUCACGAUCCGAAACGACAGGGUGGUAUCAGAGCUGAUUGCAAAGUAUGCAAGAUUGGCAAAUGGGCAGGAUCUUUUGGUAUUUCCGGUUUCUAAUCGCAUAUACGCGGAAUACCUGAAGGCAUUAUGGGAACGCAAUUCGCCCGUCAAAUUAACUCCAACAGGAACCGGCGUGCCAGCUCUUCGCAAAUUCCUGUACGGGAUCGCGUCUGCUGGCAAAUUUGAGGCACUAAAUCAUCAAUGCUUUGUGUUGGGCAAUUUGAUAAGGACAUGCGAGCUCUCAUCGUCCCUUUCGAAGAUCAAGAAGCAAGAGAGACUGGAAGUUCUCGUCAAAGAAAGCAAAGAAAAGUCGUUGGCAGAGCUCCAUGACCGGUUCAAGUUGCUACGAGAGAAUGAGGUCUCGGGCCUAUGUAAAGUGAUGAAGACUGAAGACAGCGCUAUGCGGGCGUGUGCGCAAGCUCUCUUGGAUACGUGGGCUAAAUUGAAGGCGCCCACCCAUGCAGCCUGGUGUCGCCACUGGGGAGCUUGGAAGCUCGAUGGCGAUCAGAAGGACUGGAAUGUCUACCUCCAGGAACCCAUCAAGAAGGUACUGGAGACACAGUUUGAUACUUUGGAAUCGGCUUGCCUUGACGGCUCGGACUUCCUUGGCUCCACGCUCUCACAGAUCCUCAUCGGAUAUGAUGGAAUGAUCCAGCAAAUCCGAAAUCACCCGUCCACCGUCAUGAAAGAAUCUCUCGCGCGUUUCCUGUACAACACCGAGCAGCGAGAAGCAGGUAUCCACAACAUGAUUGAUAGCACACUCAACGUGCUGCGCCACUCCCUGGAGACAAUUGAGCAGAGAACCUUCCUCUCCAGUGCGGACUCCUACUUCACGGAAUUCAUCAACCCGAUCUAUGAGGAAUGCCAAAACGCCUAUGCAACUCCAGGGGUCAAGAAGUCUCCAAAGGGUGCAAAAGUAGUCGUAAAGGAGGUGAAGGCAAAGAACAAGCACCAAGUCCGUUGUGAGAUUCUCACAAGCAGGAUCUGCUCGCACAAUACACUCUACCACCACAUAUGCACCAAAAGACUACAGCCCGCACUCCAGGCAGCUGUGCAAACAGCCGAGGAGACGAUGAAGACCAAGAUAGAGUCUUUAUAUGCUGAUAUAUACCAGGAUUUGCAAUUCAUAUUCGAAAAGGACGACGACAACGACCCUGAAACGAUCAAGCUCCGACAGGCCGUUCGGGAUGUGCUCGGUGUUGCUAGCAGCGAUCUGGACAACGCUGUGGCGUUCUUGAAGGAAUGCAAGCCUUGAGCGGACUCACUUCUUUUGUCUUCUUGUCCGCAUUUUUAGUAAGGUACAUGGUUUCUGACUCACACCGCAACUACAUUUUCACAUCGCCCGGGUCUGCUUCUUCAUUGCGACAUCGCUCAAUCUCACUAGAUAUCUCACAUCCAUCUGUCCUUGCACUUUACUGCCUUAGCUUCGGUAUUGCAAGAACCCCAUCCCAAUCCUUCUCGAUAUCCUCUCCUAGUCUUCACUCAGGCAGACCGUUCCAUUGUGUUUCCAUGUACAGCUAGCAAGAUAUGGGAUCACAUACUAUGCCAAACACUCAAACAUAUAUGAAUUUAUAAGCCUCGAACUGCCUUUUAACCAGUUCCAACUGACCCCUAUUUUACUUUGAAGUAAUC